AUGGGGUCAGUGACUUCUCUUAUUCCACUUACAGUCACUGAAGACAGAGCACUUAGGUACCUCUCAUAUCUACAGCUGCGUUGUAGUUCUAAGGGCGACGUCAGCGCGGCCCAUGCGCAUAUAGUGGCGCCGGCGCUUGCUGCGGUUACAGCAGGGGUCUUAGCUGAUGCUGGAGUAGAUUCCAGGCUGGUUAUGGGAGUCACUGAAGACAGAGCACUUAGGUACCUCUCAUAUCUGCAGCCGCGUUGUAGUUCUAAGAGCGCCAUCAGCGCGGCCCACGCGCAUAUAGUGGCGCCGGCCCUCGCUGCGGUUACAGCAGGGGUCUUAGCUGAUGCUGGAGUGGAUUCCAGGCUGAUUAUGGGAGCGCUGGUGUCGUGCGUAGGCGCACCUUGUGCAUGGCUGUCUUUAAGCGCGUGUAGCGACGCGGGCGCGGCGCUGGCGGCGCUGGCGGGUAGUUACGUCGCGUCGCUUGUUGCUGCACCCGCUGCUAUGUUCGUUAUUUGCGGGCGCGCCCCCAUCCCGGCGCUAGGCCCGUCCCUGUGGUCCGCCCUGUGCACGCUGCCCCCUCUCACAGCGGGCGCCAUACAUUCCCGCUUCCGACGCUCGCAUGAUAGCGUUAAAGAUGUCGCAACAGCUUCCCAGAGCGGGGAUGAGAGAGAUGCGAAAGCGCGCGAGUUACAGUGCCCGAGGACGAUAGAGCGGGUGUCGGCGUUAGCGCUGCUUUAUGUGGACUGUUGCGAGAGAUUGAGGGAGGCGGAGGGUAGCUUGUACGUGGGAGACGUGCUGACUACCCUCGUUAUAGAAAUUAGUACCCGCAAAAACAAAUGUUUUUCUUACGUUUUUUCAGCGGUGUGGAGCGUAGGCGCUCGAGCGCUUUGCUGCCGAGUGCUGGCGCCGCGUGGCGCGCGAACACUUGCCCUAUGCGCUGUGCCUAAGGCGCUGCAUAUGGGCUGGGAGUCAUCCACCGAGUGCGCGCCGGCGGGGCUGGCGCGGCUGCCCGCGGUGUUCGCGGCGCCGGCCCAGGCCCUGCUCGCCGCCGCGCUCGCCGACUACCCGCAUAAUAGUCGCGACGAGGACCAUGACGCCUUGCCGCAGUGAUGGCCGACUACCCUCAUAGUGACGAAGAUUAUG